AUGAAGAGUCUGAUUCUGCUGUGCGUCCUGCUGGUCGCCUCUCAGGCCAAGGUCUUCAAGAAGUGCGAGCUGUCCCGGGUGAUGAAACAAAACGGUUUGGCCGACUACCUAGGCAUCACUUUGCCCAACUGGGUCUGUAUGGCAUACCAAGAAAGUGGUUAUAAUACUCAGGUCAUCCAACACAUUUCCGACGGCAGCACCAGCUACGGGAUUUUCCAGAUCAACAGCCAUCACUGGUGUGACGAUGGCAAAACCCGUGGAGCCAGGAAUGACUGCAAAAUCUCCUGCUUUAAGUUCUUAGACGGUGAUCUCAGGGAUGACAUAGAGUGCGCUAAGAAGAUCGCGCAGAUAUACCGUGGGAUGUCAGCCUGGGUGGGCUGGACAUUGUUCUGUCGGGGUCACGACCUUUACCAGUACAAGUGCUAGAGCCCCCCAGCCCUCGGCCCGGCCCGGAGGGGCCCUCUUCUCCCCCGGCUCAGCGAUCCUCGACCGCAGACUCCCGGACCCCAGCCCCGGCUCCCCGGACCCCAGCUCCUGCUCCCUGGAUCGCUCCC